AUGCCCAAGGAACGCACAGUAUGGCGUCGAAAUAACGCUUCUCGUUCUCUAGAACGGCAUACCGAACCACUCGCAGAUCGACUUCCGCUCACGUCUAUCCUCAUCAAGGUCCACGCUGUCAGUCUGAACUACCGUGAUAUGAACAUCCUUAACGGCACGAACCCCUGGCCUACUCUCGACAAUGGAAUUCCUUGUUCCGAUGCGGCUGGAGAGGUCAUUGCCAUUGGAGAUAGUGUCGCCAGAUUCGCUGUUGGUGACAAAGUCUGUCCGAUCCUCGACCAGCUCGCUAUCACUGGCGACGAGCAGCGCCGCGCCUGGCUUGGUGGCGAGAUCGAAGGCGUACUCGCGAGCCAUAUUGUGAUGGACCAAGAGACUUGCGUUUGUCUCCCUGCCCACCUGCCGUGGGAAGAGUCCGCGUGCCUGCCAAAUGCUGGCGUCACAGCGUGGAGCUCGCUGGUAGAUAGUAGUCGGAGCCUCAGAGCAGGGCAGACUGUACUGUUGCAAGGUACCGGCGGCGUCAGUAUCAUGGCGUUGAAACUCGCGCUCGCUUUUGGCAGCAAGGCCAUCAUCACAUCGUCAAGCGACGAGAAACUUGACAAGGUCAGGUCGCAAUACCCGCAAGUGAAGACGAUCAACUAUAGGACGACACCAAAUUGGCACGAGAAAGCUGUAGACAUGAAUGGUGGCCGAGGUGUAGACAUUGUCCUCGACAUCGGCGGUACAUCUAGCCUUCUCAAGAGCUUACGUGCAGUCGCGAAAGGCGGUACCAUCAGUCAAGUAGGCUAUCUCAGCAAGCAGGAUGUAGCCGACCUAGAGGGCUUCAUACAUCUUCUCAUCGACAAAACUGCCGUUCUGCGAGGCAUCAAUGUGGGAUCCCGACGAGACUUUGAGCAGAUGAACGAGUUUGUUGGUGCUUCGGGACUGCAAUUCGAUGACAUUAUUGACGAGACAUUUCCGACGAGCCGUCUGGAAGAGGCGUUUGGAGCGCUUCGAUCUCAAAAGUUCGUUGGGAAGAUUGUGAUAAUGAUGGAACAGGAUUGA